AUUUCGUAGAAACCAAGCGAUGUUUACAUCGGGCACCUGUGGAAAGACCAGGUUAAUGGAACGAUGAUCUUCUGAAAGGAGAUGGGUAACUUACAUCUGAGAGGCAGUUACCAUGGCAACAAGGAUGAGGACAAAUGCAGUGCAGAUUUCCACAAAAGAAUUCUGUCUGCCAAAUCUGGCCAGCUGCUUCACACAUGUUCCUUUGGAAAAUGGAUUCGCCAUCACAGAAAGAUUUGUGGAUUCACAGGGAAGACAGACUUCAGCACUCUGCGAGAAGCUCACCGACGCAGUGGGAUUCUCGUGAAGCCAGACACAACCGAGGGCAGAUACUUCUCUGUGAGCUGGAAAAGUAAAUCCGAGAUAGUGAUUCUGGAGAAACUGGCCUGGUGGGUGGGGUCUGUGAAGGUUCCGCGAGUCCCUGUUCCAGAUAUGGAGGACCCCAACUGGUUUCGUCAUGCUCAACAUAAUCGUACGCGCAAGGAGUGCAGUGUGGUGGGCUACCGAAAUGGCCUGGCUGUAGUCCAGAUUAACUGUGAUAGACAUUUCUCCAUUGCAAAAUUCUAUAUCCUAGAUUUGUACCAGAAGACAUGUGUGGGCCAUUUUGUGAUCAUGUAUCAUACACGUCGUUGGUAUGAGUGUUACAUAUCUCCAAACAAGCGGAGAAUCAUGUUGCGACCCGACCACUUGACUCGGGUUGUUGUUCUGCCUGACAGCUACGUUAUACAGAACCUCACCCUGUUCGUAGGUCCCUCAGAGGCCCCAGUAGUUGACGCUGUCCCCCCAGCCUUCAGAACCCAUGCCCUCACUUACAACGCUAAACUAGGUGAUGACUUUGUUAUCCUCGGGGCUGAUCAAGACAUUGAAAUAAGGAAACUUCCAGAUUGGUCUUUAGAGAAGCAUGUUCCAAAUCUUAAUAUUUCUGCUAGCAUUCACCAGAUACGAUCAAGUCCAACGGGGGAUUUCAUUGCUGUUCGCUACGUACAUCCUAUUCAUAGCCGAGAAUAUAGUACCAACUUUGUUGCCGUUCUCAGUUACCCCAAACUUGAUAUUCUGAUGAGGGUUGAUGUUCGUGGUUGUUACUGGCCAGUGUCCGAGGUCAUCAAUCUGCAGGUGUUUCCCCGAUUCUCCCCGAGUGAAACUUGCAUUGCUGUGAUGCGCAACUGCAGCUACAAGCGGAAGGUGUUUGUGUACAAGCUGCCCCCAGUCCAGUCCUCCCUCCAACACCUGUGUCGCAGGACAGUCCUUCAGAUAGUGCCCCUCAAGGACACGGAGAAGCUGCCGCUACCAAACAAAUUGCUCGACUACCUACAGUUCCGGGAAAAGACAGCCUCCAGUGCCUUCUAGGACAAGCAUUACUGACUCAUGAUGACUCACAUGUACUCACUUGCACUCUUUGGACUCACAUUUAAUCCACUGACUCACAUGUUCUCUCAAGUACUCCUGUCACUUACAUGGUCUCUAACGUACUCCACUGACAAGCAUGGACUCUCAAGGACUCAAGGAAUAUUAAGGAAUGUUAUAUAGCCUCACUGUUACACUUGAACCCUCAUUGUCUCUCACUGACUCUCAUGGACACACAUGGUCUCUCAAAUACUUUUUUAUUGUCUUACAAAUAUUCUCAUCUACAAACAUUCUAUUCUUAUUGACUCACGUUGUACUCAUAGUGAAUCUCGUGGACUUUCAUUGACUUUCACAAACACUUGUUGAUGCACAUUGUACUUUUAAUGAAUCUCGUAGACUCACAUAGACUCUUAAUGAUUUACAUUGUACUUUUAACGAAUCACUUUGACUCUCAAAGACUCACAACUCACACUGACUCACAUUGUACCCUUAAUGAAUAUCAUGGACUAAUAUGUGUCCUCUCGUACACUCAUGGGUUUUUUUCAAAUAUUUUUAUGGUCUCUCAAAUUAUCAUCUACAAAUAUUUAUUCUGUUGGACUCACAUUGUACUCUCCUUAAUGGACUGACAUGCUUAGACUUUGCAUAGCGUUUACAGUGGGUGUUAAACAAGGAACUACACUCUGAAAUGGACGACAUAAGAUAUCAGGGGAUUAUGUCAGUUGACAGGGAUUUAUUAGGAUUUCAGUGGGCUUAGUAACAAAUCUGUUGAAAAAUUAUCUUGUCCGCAAUUUGGAUGUUGGUAAGAAUGCAGAAAUAUUUGACCAGUGUAAAAAUGAGGUAAAAUAUAUUUUCGUAAACACUUAUAACAAAUAUUCGAAACUUUAAAGUGUGUUGCACAGUACAUGAAAAAUUCUAGUUGAGAUCGGAGCUGAGAAACAUUAAAAAGUACAGACAGCCCAAGAUUGAGAGUAAGAUUAGUCACAUUAGUGAAACAUUCUUGAUAUAUUGCCAUGUAGAGAUGCAACCAUAGCUUCUUAGAGUAUCAGAAAUUUGUUCCAGUGCAAUACAUACCGAAUGUUGUUUUAAUCCUAUCAUGUUAUCGCAAGAAUGUAACUUAGAAACGUGGUACAAAAUAGAAUAGAAAAGGAUCAAAACCACAUGGCAAUAUACUAAAUAUCUAUUUUGGUAAACCUCCUGAUGAUAUGUUCCAUAUUUACAAUACCGGUUUAACUGGCAAGAUUUGUAUUGCUGUGAUAAACCAACAGGGCCAGUAAGGGAUACAUACAUAAGAGUUCCAGAGAUUGUUUCCACAGAUCUUUUGAAAUAUUGAUUUGACUUGAGAAAUGUCCAAAUGUGUUAUCAGAUAAUUCCUAUGUCAGGAUUACGUAGUCAUUUUUUUCUGAUCUGGCCUUGAAGUCUCUCUACAACUGACAUGUCCACACAUUUCCUGCUUAAUGAUGUGGGAUUUUGUAAAUGUGAAAAUAUAUGAAAUGUUCCUACUCAGAGGCAGUAAAUCACAUUUGUGAAAUUGAUACUCAGGAAUAUAUGUAUAUUUAUUUCAGAUUUGUACAUUUCAUUGUAUGAAUACAAGACGUGAGUACUCAUUGCUGAUGACAAUAGUAGAUUGUGGGGAGCAUCGUUGUGCUUGUUAUAUGAGCAAAUCAAAUUAGCAAUAACUGACAAUGAAUGGGCUGCAC